AUGACCCUACAAAUAGGCCUAUUUGCAUCCGUGAUGGCAGAAACCACCGUUCCUGAUUUCCCUGGACGGAUUUCUUGGAAAAGCGCCCUCUGCCUUAAGAAGAUUGUAACGAAGUUUGAGGAAAUGGAUCUUGUGGAGAAGGUGUACAAUACCCAAUUCAGAUAUAUAGUCUCUGCGCCAGUGUUGCAGUUCUCAGGAACUAUUGAGGAUUAUGAUGAUGAAGAGGAGGGAAGUGAACCUGAGGAUGAACAUGAAGAACCUACUUCCAAACCAAACACCCGGAAGAGAAAGGCUGCGCUUAAUCUCAAAGAAGCCGUAAACCUGAAGAGGAAGCUUGCUUAUGAAUCUAGUCCUGCCAACAUUCCUAGCCCCCCAUCCGCUACUAGUCCUGGAUUACCUCCAACAUCUUCUGUUGGAUGUAAAUGUGAAGAGCUGAAAGAGGAGGAUAGGAAGGCGGAGGAUAGUGGUGAGACUGAGAAUAAUGUGAAGAAUUGGUUGAAAGAUGAAGCUACCAAUGAUGAGACAAAGACUGUGUUUACUUGCGAAGCACGAAAGAAGUUGUUUGUUAGAGUUCUAACAAAGUCCACAUGGCUUAAAGAUCCUGAAAUCGACGCAGUGUGCCACUUGUUGCGCAAAAGGAUUGAGCAAUAUCCCAAGACAUAUAAACAUUGUAAAGUAUCAAUAGGGGAUUGCUUAUUAGCAGAUAUGAUGAGGCGAGAGUAUCCGAACUAUAAAAAAGAUCCUGAAAAAUUUCCAAUAUCAGACGUCUUUUCUCAGUACUUCUGGGGAGCGCCUCAUAGACAUAUGCCAGAAUGGCCACUAGUAGACGAUAUUUACGUGCCUUUGAACAUUGGCAACAAGCAUUGGGUACUGUGCGUCGUUCGUGUACAAGAUAAUCACAUUGACGUUUAUGACUGCGACUCGAGUAUUUAUAGGAAUCUCGAUCCAUACAUGAGACCUUUGUGUGAGAUGUUUCCACGAAUAUAUGCAAUGGGAGCCAGUGAUGCUGAGCUAAAACGGUAUCCUAAUUUCAAUUUCCAGAAACUGACAUAUAAAAGGUUGCCACACCCAGUCAAAAAUGCAGUCGCCAAAAAUGGGGAAGUCCCUAGAGCAGCAGAAAGUGGGGAUUGUGGUGUAUUUAUGCUUAUGCACAUGGAAUACUUGACUGCUGGUUUAGGUGUAGAGAAGAACUUGACUUGUGCUUAUGUAUUCUGA